GUGGUCCAAAACAAGAGACGAUAUUAUUGAUAUAUUACCUUCAUAAGUCAACCCAAUCUGGCCAAUGCUAUUAAAGUUAAUAACUCCCUAAAUUGCUCGUCCAACAAACAAUCACCAAUACUACCUUCAUCACAUUCAUCCUUACUCUCCAAACACCAUUCUUUACCAUUUUCUCAUGAGCCAUGGCUGAAACAGACAUGGUAGAGCUAGGACUCUCAGAUGGAGGCCCUACAUGGCAGCACCUCCUAGGGUCCCACAACUGGGAUCACCUUCUGGACCCACUCAAUGAAGAUCUUCGACGUCUGAUCCUUCGUUGUGGUGACUUCUGUCAAGUCACCUACGACACCUUCAUAAACGAUCCUAACUCCGCCUACUGCGGCGCUAGUCGAUACGCUAAGGCUGACCUUCUUAAGAAAACCGCCUUCCCUGGUGGCUCUGAUAAGUAUGAUGUCGUAGGGUUUCUCUAUGCCACCGCACGUGUUAGCGUUCCUGAGGCCUUUCUCUUUAAGUCCAUGUCACGUGAGAGGUGGGAUAGAGAGUCUAAUUGGAUUGGUUAUAUUGCAGUUUCUAAUGAUGAAGUGAGUAAUGAGAUUGGGAGAAGAGAAAUUUAUGUAGCGUGGAGAGGAACUACAAGAAACUAUGAAUGGAUUGAUGUUCUUGGGGCUAAACUUCAAUCUGCUAUGCCUUUGCUGUCUGAAGGAGGUGAUCAUGACCACAAUGAGAACGGAGAAGAUGACGAAGAUGAAGAUGAAGAUCACGAUGAACAUGGACAUACAUUGCCCAAAGUUAUGAAAGGUUGGCUUACAAUUUACACCUCCGAUGACGAAAAAUCCCCCUUCACGAAACUUAGUGCAAGAGCACAGAUUUCAAACAAGAUCAAACAGCUAAUUGAUCAAUACAAAGAUGAAGAACUUAGCAUCAUAUUAACAGGCCAUAGCCUAGGAGCAACACUAUCAGUAAUAAGUGCUUUUGACAUUGUUGAGAAUAUAACAAGGGAGAUCCCAGUCUCGGCCAUUGUUUUCGGUUGUCCUAAAGUGGGUAACAAGAGCUUUAAAAAUAGGGUGAACUUACACCCUAAUCUUAAAAUCCUGCAUGUUAGAAAUGUGAUAGACACAAUACCACUUUAUCCCGCUAGACUCAUGGGGUACGUACACAUAGGGACUGAACUAGAGAUCGAUUCAAGGAAAUCGCCGUACUUAAAGCACUCGAGACAUGUUGGUGAUUGGCAUAACUUGCAAGCUAUGUUGCAUAUUGUGAAUGGUUGGCAAGGCAUUAAGGAAGAGUUUAGGCUUGUAAUUGAACGGAGUAUCGCGUUGGUUAAUAAAUCAUGUGAUUAUCUCAAAGAAGAAUGUCUUGUUCCACCAUCUUGGUGGGUUGAGAAGAAUAAAGGGAUGGUUUUGAAUGAGCGAGGAGAAUGGGUUUUGGCUGGUCCUGAGGAAGGUCCGGUUCCUGAAUUUGAUUGACAAGUAUUAAAUUGGUGUUUUGCAGUGUCUAAGUUGUGUUGUUUGGCUGCUAUUUUUUCUUGGCUUGAUUGGAGAUUGGCUCAGUGAUCAUUUGAAUUUGUGUGUGAUUUUUCAAUUACAAAUCUUAAGCAUUAUUCUUUUGUGUAUAAUAUUGAGUUGGUCAAUAUAAAAUUAUGUCAACAACUCAGUGGAGUGAGUAUAUAAACUUUUUAUUUAAGGGAAAAUUCAUGAGGUUUGACGUAAUUCUCAAACUUUUUAUUUGAGAAUUAUGUCAAAUUUCGAGUGUACCUGAGUAAUUUUCUCUUUAUUAAUAAAAGGAAACAUUAGCAUUAA